AUGAUGCAACCGGCCACUAUAUUACAUUACGAAAAUGAAACUGGAAAUCACAGAAAGAAAGUCGAUUGGUUCAACAGGGGUACUCCUAUAGAAGAGUUCUAUCAACGAAUAACCGAUGAAAUGGGAAUGAGGUCAUUUAAACUCGAAAUCAAUGAUCCACAUGAUGGCUUUGUCGACUUCGACGAGGGUUAUCGAAAGAGUUUUCGUCCAUAUGCCACGAAUCCCGAAACAAGAAAUGCUGGGCCACAAUCGACCAAUGUCCCUGUACAGGUGGUUGAGCUGAAAAUUGUCAAUAUAUCCAGUAAAAACUACUUCUUAAAGUUGAUGAUUUUCACUUAUGUACGAAUAGGUGCCCGACGAAAAUCAAACAAGAAAUCUUCGAAUAUUGUUCGGCAACUGGCUGAACCAGAUUUAGUUACUGCUCAACCUGAGAUUGAACAAGAAGGCGCAUCUUCACAAACAGGUUCACCUUUUGUAUGUGCUCCUUCUCCUGUUAUGCUCAAUAAGAAAGAACCAGCGAUAGAAUUUAUAACGGAUGUGAACAGUACUUUACGAUGUCCAUACGAAAGUGAGAAACCAAUCAUGAUACAAGGUGAUAAAACUGGAUUGAUAGAAUCAGCUCGGCAUGCAUCUGUUUUGCCAAAGUUCAAAAUCAGGAAGGAUGCAGUUUCCGAGAAAAACAAAUCCACUUGCAGCGUGGUCAAUGUUCUUGUAGAGGAAGUCUGCAAAGAUGGAAGGCGUACAUUUUACCAUCAUUCAGAACAAGAAGUAUUCACCGAUGAAAACGAAUCUGUUUCCGCAAUUACUUGUAACAAAUGUGGUUCUUUGAAAAAAAGAAAUGAAGCAAGACAAGGAUUUGUUGUUACUCCUUUCGAUGACGAAAUGCAAAGUGAAAAAGGAUACAAGAUUGCAUGGAAAGCAAAAAGGAUUGCUGAUACAGGAGUCCACACAAAAAAUCAUCUUGAUCGACAUAAACACGUUUUUUGUUCAUUAGAAAAUCAGUAUCCCAAGGGCACGAACUAUGAAACUACUCGUUUGGCUGUUUUACUUGAACAAAAUGGAUGUUUAUUAUGGAAUACACUUGUCCUAUCAAAGGCGUUCACCUUUUGCAAGUCCCCGAAAAACGUUGAUUACAUCAUCGUCAAAGACCAUCAUGGUAACAUCAUUGAACAAAUACCCAAGGAAAAAAAAGAGCGAAAAAAGAAUUCGAAGCGAUCUGCGACAGUUACAAAUACUUCAAAAUCGAAAAAGUUCAAACCAUCAAAUACGCAAGCAUCAUCAGUGACGACGACAAUGAAUUAUAUACAACAGCAUGGCGACAGUCUAUCAGCUAACUCAAUGAGAAUGGCAUCAACAACUGCACAAACGGACAAUCUUCACGAUCCACCGCAGAUUAUGUUGCAGCAAAGUGUAUGUGAAACUACAGGUUCUCUACAAUCCAUGGCUCAAACUGCAUAUACGCCUACCAUCAAUAAUUUGCUGCAGGAAUUCUCACCAAAUUCGCCCGUGAAUGAGUUCGAUCUAGCUGUUCAACAUCUGAUUGCAGAGACUAUGGAAACAGUCUCGCUACUAGGAGAUAGCUGA